CCGCAGUGUCAUGCAGUUGAGUGAAACGCCCAUUCCGACACUGGCCGCUCAGAAGCUGUGGGGAUACCUGCUGUACAGAACGUGUCGUGGAAAUGGAAGACGAGCUGAGGUCUGCCGAGACAGCAGCCAUCCUUCUCAAGUGUUUUCCCCUCGGAGUCCUCGUUUUCUUCGGGGCGGCGCAAACAGCACGCAACAAUUAUCCUCCUGUACCAGAUGGGCCGUAUUGGACGCUACUUGACGCCAUUCAAAUGGUGCUGCUUUUGAUUUCUACGGGUCUCUGCCUCACCAAAGGCUAUUAUGCGUUGGGAAACUUCAGGGAGAGCCAGUGCGUAACCACUUACGCCCUCCGCAAAGCGGUGCCAGAUUACGCUAUGGCGCUGUCACUGGUUGUUCUCGUGUGCAUUUUAUGGAAGCGGCAUCGGCGAUGUCUUCCGCCAUCGGCGUUCGCAGUCACUUUGUUGGGAGUGAUGUUCACGGGCUGCGCGCUUGACGCCUUCCUCAAGUUCAACACUGCAUUCAGUGAGCAGGAAAUUACGCUGUCCACGUAUGACCUAAGGGAGAAGCCUGUUAUUGUUCUUUUCGUCAUGGCAGCCGCAGUGGCUGGGAAUUUCGUACUAUCAGAGGUGCAAGACUUAGUAAUUUCUAGACGAAAAUAUUCAGGGAAAAGAAUUGACCAAGAUGCGCAGUCUGUAUUUGGACGACAAACGUGUACAGUUUUGUACAGUAUCUUCAAGGACAUGUUACAGAAAGGAAAAACAGCGACGAAGGAAAUUCCAAUGCUCCGGAGAGGGCUGGUUUGCGAAACGCUUGUCGGCGCCUUUGCGUCCCGAAUGAGAGCCAGCAAUAAGGCGCCUGAGCAGCGAUGUGAAUUUUAUAUCAACCUUUUCAAGGUAUUAUGGGUGGACGUUCUUCGAGUUCUAUUGGCAACCGUCGGCUACUAUGCCUGCAUAUUUGCAAGAAUCCCAGCUCUGGAAUUACUUAUCAGCAGCAGCACCGCUAUUGGCACGGCGACUGCAACACUACUGUUUGCUGUUACCACUGCCUGUGAAUUUCUCAUGACGAGCCUUCAAAUGGAUAUAAUGAACAUGUUCGGCUGCCGAGGACGUACCAUGCUUACUGGCUACGUAUUCAAGAAGGUAACGACAAUGUCCACUCUGACCAGAGCACGCUACACGGCCGGCCGCAUCAGUUCGAUCCUUUCAGUCGACUGUUGGCAGAUUGGCACCUGCUGCUUUACCGUUGCCCUGCCCCUUUUUGGGGCCUUGUCGCUUCCUUUGGUCUUCUGGAUGCUCGCAACGCGUGCCGGUGUCGGCCCUUCGCUCUGCUGCGCUGCGUGGACCGUUAUUGUGCUCUGCCUUCCCUUGUUCUGCUCUUCCUACCAGAAGUUCAUAUGGGGAAAAGUGGUAUCUGCUCGCGAUGAGCGACUGAAGGUCAUCUCGGACAUGCUGGCAACAAUCCGAGUCGUCAAGAUGUACGCCUGGGAAGACGCCCUCCAGGAGAAUGUCACGAGCUUCAACGAAAGGGAGCUGAAGUGGCUUUUCCGAGUCAACCUCUUGGACGCCGUCUUAGACUGCAUCUACUCAUCCACAAGCUCUGUGCUUAUGAUCAUCUUGUUCUCGACUCUACCGAUACUGGAACCGGGCAUCGUUCUCACACCAGCAUUGGUUUUUACUUGUGUCUCGCUGCUGUACACAACAGACCUCGCCAUGAGCACCUGCGGACAGGCCCUGAGAAAUCUCAGUCAAGCAACACUAGCACUCAAGAGAAUAGCCGAGUUUUGUACUGCCGAAGAACAGGACAACUCAUCCCGUGAUGGCAAGAUAUCAGUAUCAGCGAAGAAAGGAGCAGUCAACGUGGAGAAAUGUUCCUUUUCUUGGUCCCUUCCGGACGGUGGUACAUCAGAAGCCCAACUGGAAGACGUCAGCCUGGAAGUAAAACCCGGGUCCUUGGUCGGCGUUGUCGGAUUCGUAGGUAGCGGCAAAUCCUCGCUGCUCUCUGCUAUACUGGGUGAUAUGCACGUCAUAGAAGGCAGAGUCACAUCCACGGGCCGCAUAGCGUAUGCUCCACAGCUGCCUGCCAUUCACAACAUGACCGUCAGGGACAACAUUCUCUACGGCAACGCAUUAGACAUGGACUUCUACCACCGCGUUAUCCGAAGCUGUCAGCUCACAAAUGACUUCAACAGCCUGGCUGCUGCGGAUAUGACUGAAGUUGGCGAAAAGGGAACCAAUCUCAGUGGUGGCCAAAAGCAGCGCAUAUCCAUCGCCAGAGCAGUGUACAGCGACAGUGACGUGUACCUUCUGGACGACCCACUCAGUGCUCUGGACCCCAUCGUGGCUAGCCACGUCUUCAGGGAUGUUAUCGGCAAAAGAGGCCUACUCAGGCAUAAGACGCGAAUCAUGGUAUGCAAUCAAGCAAAGUUUUUACACAACAUGGACAAGCUCAUCUUGGUGGACAAAAGGCGGAUAAAGGUGUAUGAAACACUGCAAGACCUAUUGAACGACCCCAAGUCACCUCAAAACUUUCGUGAAGCUCUUCAAGAUGAAACGCGGCCUGCCACAAAAAAUGAAACUUGUGGUGAACAAAUUGAGGGCAACGAAAUAGCUGGAAGGAUAACCCAGGAAGAAUUGGGACAAUCUAAUAAGACAGGAUGGCAGCUGCUCUGCAAACUCAUACGCCUUACACGGUGGCCGGCGAUAGCGGGAGUCUUCAUGUACCUAGCAGCGGCCUGUGCUUUCGGCACACUACAGGUGUGGAUCAAGAAAGGAACAGAUUCACCCGAAGCCACGACCAGUGACCCUACCGAGCGGCUAAGCUGGGUGGAAAUUCUCGUGGUGAUCUGCUUGGCAGACGUGGCGCUCCGUGCUGCUGGAAGCGUGCUUUUGGCCAUGUCAGCGCAGCGUCUUUCGAGGUCACUGCGCAACGACAUGCUGAGUCACGUGCUGCGGAGUCCCGUGACCUUUUUCGACGAGCAACCACGGGGCCGCAUCCUGAACCGCUUCUCGAGCGACAUCGACUACGCCGACUCGCGCUCGUUCCUCAGCGGAAAGCAGAGCGUCCAGUACACGCUCCUCACCUUCGCCAAGAUCGCCGUCGUUGGCACGGAGGCGCCACUCGUGGUCGGCGUCACGCUCGUGAUGGCCGUCGUAGUGUGCUACGGACUGUUUGCUGCGGUGAAAGCAUCGCACCGCUGUCGCUACUUCGAGAGCCUGGCCCUGUCCCGGCUGCUGCAGCACGUCACCGAGACCGUGGAUGCGCUGAGCAGCGUGCGGACGUACGGCGUGGUGGACCGCUUUGCCCGCCACUUCUUCCGGCUGACGGACGCGGUGAUGCGAGGCUAUAUUUGCUUCGGCGCCACCUACGGCUUCGUGCGCAUGCUGACGUCGGCGGCCGGGUUUGUUGUGGUCGUGUGCACUCUUCUGACGACCGUCGUCUUCGCCGGGCCCGGCGGGCCUGACCCGGCCAGCUUGGGCCUCGCGCUUAGUGCGGCUACCUCGAUUCCUCUGUCACUGAUGUCGCUGUGCGUCAUGCUGUUCAACGUUCUUCAAAUGAUUGUUGCGUUCGAACGCUGUGUGGAGUACACUGAACUUCCUCCUGAGGUGGACGUCCCAGAAAACGACAACGGUAGUGGUGUACCAACACUCGAAUUACCACCUGGUUGGCCCAGCUCGGGAAUGAUCGAGUUCCAAAAUUACUCGGCUUCUUAUCGUCCAGGUGUGCUUCCCGACGUACUCAAGGACGUCGCACUCGUCGUCAAACCGAUGGAAAAGGUAGGAGUGGUGGGACGCACCGGUGCUGGCAAAUCUUCGCUGGUUCUCGCCCUGCUGCGCAUGCUCAGGUCAUCCGAAGGACGGAUCCUCAUCGAUGGCGUCGACAUUGCCAAAGUGCCACUUCGGAAGCUGCGCAGAAGCAUCACAGUUAUCCCGCAGGACCCAAGCCUUGUGAGGGGGACUCUGCGAAGAAACCUAGAUCCUACAGACAGCCACAAUGACGAGGAGAUCUGGCAAGCAUUGGAACGUUCACACCUGUCCAAGGUCGUGUCGUCAGACGCAAAGGGGCUCCUUCUGGAGACUACCGAUGGCGGCACAAAUCUCAGUGUUGGGCAACGGCAGCUGGUUUGCUUGGCACGAGCUCUGCUGCGGAAAUCCAAGAUCCUCCUGCUGGACGAGGCAACGUCACAAAUGGACGGUGACACUGACCGCCUGAUCCAGGCCACACUGAGAGACGCCUUCGCCAACUGCACACUCUUCACCAUUGCGCAUCGCAUUCACACUGUCUUGGACUACGACAGGAUACUUGUGCUGGAACAAGGAAAGGUCAGGGAAUUCGACUCAGUGUCUAAGCUGCUCUCCGACACAUCAUCUGCCUUCUACAACAUGGCCGUAGAAGCUGGUAUUCGUAGUCCAACAAAACAAUUGGACCUUAUCUCCGUCGAUUUGUGAUACACAUUUGUUGUAUAUCCAAGAAAUACUUAUAUACCAUAUUUUGACAAGGACCUUCUUGGAACAAUCUCAUGCGGCAAUAUCAAUUUCCAUUAAUAUUUCGUAAUAAUAGAGAAAGGCCUGAACAAGAAGUGGCAACACAAACUUGACGAAGAUUCGGGCCCCCUGUACAGGGCAUACAGCAAACAGACAUAUAAUUCACUCAUGUACAUAUCGCGUAUUCAAUAUCACAGGAAAUACAAAUUAUAUGCAUCUAGCAGAUACAUUGAUACAUAAAUCAAGAAAUAAAGUAAAUAGAAAUGUAGCUUUAAAACACAACAAAACCAUUCGGGAAAUUGUGCAUCAUAUCAUAUAAAAUGUUCUGUUUGUGUUAAACCAGUUGGUAAUAAAUCAUUUAUUGUCAUUAUCGUAUCGCAAA